UGAGGCUUUUCAGCAUUCCCACUUCCACUCACAUUCGAAGGAAUUGAUAAGUUAGAGACGCCGGAAAUGGAACUGGGUUCGAGCUCUUUUUCCUCCUCCUCCUCCUCCUCCACGGCCGCCGCCGCCGCCGACUCGUCCCUCAACAUUGGCUUGAAGAUUGGCCAGGAGACGUAUUUCGGAGACGCGGGGAAGUCCGGAAAUGGGUCUGCGGCGGCGAGUUCUCUCCCGGCGAAGAAAGGGAGGAGCGGCGGCGCGGUGGCGCAGGGCGGGCAGCCGGCGAGGUGCCAGGUGGAGGGCUGCAACCAAGAUCUGAGUGACGCCAAGGCCUACUAUUCGAGGCACAAAGUGUGCGCUAUGCACUCCAAAUCUCCGACUGUCACCGUCGCCGGAAUUGAGCAGAGGUUCUGUCAGCAGUGCAGCAGGUUUCAUCAAUUGCCAGAAUUUGAUCAAGGAAAAAGGAGCUGCCGGAGGCGCCUAGCCGGCCAUAAUGAGCGGCGAAGAAAGCCUCCGCCGGGAACUCUCUUCUCCCCCCGCUUUGCCGGCGUCCCUUCCCACUUGUUUGAUAACAGCAGCAGCAAAGGCGGUGGGGGUUAUCUGAUGGACUUCAGUUCAUACCAAAACCCCACCGGAAGGGAAUCCUGGCCGGACCCGAGAUCGUUCGGGCAACCGUGGGAUGGCCGGACCACCACCGCUCCUCCCCCGGGUGGAAGGUUUUUAGAGACCCAACCGGAGCUCCUCCUCCAUGGCUCAACUUACCACGGUGGCGGCCCAAACAAUGUUCCCUCGGGAGAAUGCCUUGGCGGCGGGUUCCCAUCGGUUGUCCAACCCGCCGCCAAUCGUGCUCUCUCUCUUCUGUCAAACCACCACCACCACCACUCCUGGGGCGGAUCUAGAAACCCGCCCCCGUUGGGUCUCGAGGUUAACCAUCAUAGCUUUGUCGGGGCACCCGAUGGGACGCCCGCGGUUCACCCGUCUUCUGAAUAUUCGAACGCGCCGUGGGGGUUUAAGGUGGCCGGUUCCACAACCCCCAGCAGCUCGAACGAGAUGCUUCCCGAUCUCGGUUUGGGUAAUCACACUCAUUACCCGGACGAGAUCGGGAUGAAUGCUCAUCACCAAGAGAAUGAAAAUGGGAGAGAAUUUGUGGGAUUGGAGGAGCACUCAAGGGGUUAUGAUUCAUCCCUUCAGAAUGUUCACUGGAGUCUCUGAAUCAGAAUCAGAAUGAGAAUUAUCACAUCUUUUGUUCUUAUUAAGAUUCUUUUGUUGCCAAUGUUGGCAUCUACUAGGAUUUGUG